AUGGGGCGUGAUUUCUUCCAAAUUCUGCCAUCAGAAUUAACGUCCAGCAUCCUCUCACGCCUCCCAUUCCGAAGGGCUGCAAUCAGCAAAUGUGUUUGCAAAUCAUGGCUCAAUCUGCUCGAUUCCGACUAUUUCGAUAUAAAAACCCCUCCCGCCCUAGUUUGCUUGAAGAGUAACCCAUCUCAUUUCACGAUUUUCGAAAUUGAAGACGAAGCCGAUUUGGAGAGUCACGAUCUUCACUAUGUUCAGCUAACGAAUUUCCACAGCCCUCACGGAUGCGAACCAACGGGAUGUACCGCUGCGAAUGGAUUGCUUCUUCUAUACACAGAAAGAAGGGAUGUUGAAAAUCCGGUUUACAUAUGCAAUCCUCUCACUCGUCAAUAUAUCGUGCUCUGCCAUCCUAAGAAAUACGCCUUCGAUGAAACUGUGUUUUAUUUUGAUUUUUGUGUGAGCGAAAUAAGUGGGCAAUAUAAGGUGGUCUGUAUCACUCAGGCCGGUGGAUCCCACUAUUGUCAUGUAUACACUCUUGGAACAGGAAUAUGGAGGCGCGUUGAAACUGGCGUUGCUUCUGGUUUCACAUUCUGUUAUCUUGUUCAACAUGCUGCAUGUAAUGGCAACCUCCAUUGGACGGUAGAUCUUAUGGAUAGACCUUGCUUUCGGAUCUGUGGUUUUGAUGUUGAAACAGAAUGUUUUAGCAUCUUCUCUCCUCCUUCAGCUCUAACUCUUCUUGAAGAUAGAGUUGAUGAUUUAUAUUUAAUGCUUAAUGUUGUUAGGGACUGCUUGUGUUUUUGUUACACAGAGGAUUAUGAAAUUAUCAUCUGGCUGAUGAAAGAAUACAGAGUUGAGGAAUCUUGGUCCAUAGAGUACAAGUUGAGUACUAUUGGUUUUGAUAUCGAAGGUGGUUGGGUUAACAAUUUUGUUUGUCCGAUCAAAGUUUUCAAAGAUGGUGACGUUUUGAUGAUACUGGAUGGAGAAGACCUUAUCUACUACUCCCACAAAACAAGAACUAUUCAGCAAGUAUGUAUGUUUAAUGAUGCAGAUGAGGAGGAUUAUGCUAACGUUGCCACGAUUUUCACUCCUAGCCUUUUCAACCUAAAGAGUUUCGGAUUAGAGAAUGUGAUCUCGUUCUAG